AUGAGCUUUCAGGACAUCGAGGCUGGCCGGCCCUUCGGUUCCAAGCGCGGGUUGACCAACGGCAAGCAGGACCCUACGCAAGCGGUGGCUGCCGGAAUAUUCCAGAUCAACACCGCCGUUUCCACCUUCCAGAGACUCGUCAACACCCUCGGAACCCCUAAAGACACUCCCGACCUCCGCGAGAAGCUCCACAAGACAAGACUACACAUUGGGCAAUUGGUGAAGGAUACAUCAGAUAAACUUAAGCAAGCCAGUGACAUUGAUCACCAUGCUGGUGUUAAUGCAAGUAAGAAGAUCGCAGAUGCUAAACUUGCGAAAGAUUUUCAAGCAGUGUUGAAAGAGUUUCAAAAGGCACAACGUCUUGCAGCUGAAAGGGAAACAGCAUACACUCCUUUUGUUCCCCAAGCAGUCCUUCCUUCGAGCUAUACUGCUGGUGAAAUAGAUGUUAGUUCUGAUAAGUCACCCGAAGAGCGUGCCUUACUUGUGGAAUCAAGGAGACAGGAGGUUUUAUUCUUAGAUAAUGAGAUUGCCUUCAAUGAGGCUAUAAUUGAGGAACGAGAGCAAGGCAUUCAAGAAAUACAACAGCAAAUUGGUGAAGUUAACGAGAUCUUUAAAGAUCUUGCUGUGCUCGUUCAUGAGCAAGGAACCAUGAUUGAUGAUAUUGGCUCCAACAUUGAGAACUCCCAUGCAGCAACAGCACAAGCAAAAUCUCAACUUUUAAAAGCUUCAAAAACCCAAAGAUCAAAUUCCUCUUUGACAUGCUUGCUUUUGGUGAUUUUUGGGAUUGUGCUUCUGAUCGUUAUCGUAUUGCAUUUGCACGCGUUGACAAUGAAGCUCCCUGUGCGUUACUUGAUUGUUAUUUUGACCUUCAUCUGCACCUCAGUUUGCUACAUCGAACGUGUUGGGUUUUCCAUCGCGUACACAGUUGCUGCUGACAGUGUCGGGGUGAAUCAAUCGAGCAAAGGUACAAUACUGUCCACCUUCUAUUACGGAUACGCCUGUUCUCAAAUUCCCGGAGGAUGGGCUGCUCAGAAAAUCGGGGGGAGGAGGGUCCUGCUUCUUUCAUUUCUGUUGUGGUCGUUGACUUGUGCACUACUUCCUCUAGAUCCCAAUCGCGUUAUGCUUUUAGUCGUUGCUCGCUUGCUCGUUGGUGUAGCACAGGGUUUUAUUUUCCCCUCCAUUCACACGGUUCUAGCACAGUGGGUUCCCCCUCACGAGAGAUCUAGAUCCGUCUCUCUCACCACUUCUGGGAUGUACCUAGGUGCGGCUCUGGGAAUGCUUAUUCUUCCUACUCUAGUCAAGUUCAGAGGUCCUCAAUCUGUGGUCCUUGCGGAGGCGGCAUUGGGUGCUUCAUGGUCUUUACUUUGGUUCAAAUACGCCACUGAUCCCAAAUCCACUGCCUCUGGUGUUGGGGAAUCAGUCUUACCUGUCAAUAAAAAAAUUGAUUCUCACAACAAAAAAGUACUUUCAGCCAAAAUCCCCUGGGUCAAAAUUUUAACCAGCUUCCCUGUGUGGGCGAUCGUUGUCAAUAAUUUCACCUUUCACUAUGCUCUAUAUGUGCUCAUGAACUGGCUCCCAACCUACUUUGAAUUGGGCCUUCAGCUUAGCCUGCAAGACAUGGGUUCCUCUAAAAUGAUGCCAUAUCUCAACAUGUUCCUGUUCUCCAACAUUGGCGGUGUUGUUGCCGACUACUUGAUAACCAGGAGAGUACUAUCUGUCACCAAAACCAGGAAAUUAUUGAACACCGUUGGGUUCUUGAUUGCUUCUCUUGCCUUGGUGGUGAUUCCCAGUUUCAGAACUUCUGCUGGUGCUGUCUUCUGUUCAUCUGUGGCUCUUGGCUUCUUGGCCCUUGGCAGGGCUGGGUUUGCAGUGAACCACAUGGAUGUUGCUCCGAGAUACGCUGGAAUAGUGAUGGGUGUUUCUAACACUGCCGGUACGUUAGCUGGCAUUGUUGGCGUCGACCUGACUGGGAAGCUCCUUGAAGCUGCUAAGGCUGCUAAUUCUGAUCUUUCAAGUCCAGAAAGCUGGAGAGCAGUGUUUUUCAUUCCUGGAUUUUUAUGCAUUUUUAGUUCUUUUGUGUUUCUACUAUUUUCAACUGGGGAGAGAAUUUUUGAUUGA